AUGAUGCAGAACUAUUUAGAUGCCAUGUCACUUUGUAAGUGGUUUGGCUACCCAGAUUAUUUCAUAACUGUAACAUGCAAUCCAAAGUGGCCCGAUAUUCAAAGGUUUAUUGCUGACACAAACCUCAAACCCAAAGACAGACCGAAUAUCCUAUCUAGGUUGUUCAAAAUGAAGCUAGAUUCAUUGAUUAAAGACUUAAAGAAAAAUUCAUUAUUGGGUUCGGUCGAAGCAGUUGUUUAUACGGUGGAGUUUCAAAAGCGCGGCCUACCUCAUGCUCAUAUAUGUCUAUUCAUGCACUCUGAUUACAAGCUCCCAACCGUUGAACAUAUUGAUCGGGUUAUUUAUGCUGGAAUUCCAAACAAAGACGACGAUCCAGAAUUGUAUGCACUUGUCAGCGAGUUCAUGAUGCAUGGUCCUUGUGGUAGUGAUAAUUCUAAAUGCCCAUGCAUGAUUGAUAACAAGUGUUCAAAAAACUUCCCAAAGACAUUCACAGAGCAUACUUUGGGUGCUUCCAUCAAAUAUUUGUUCAAAUAUAUUAACAAGGGUCCUGAUAGGGCUACUGUUACGGUUGUACCAAGCAACAACGCAGAUGAUAAUGAUGAUUUAGUUGACGAAAUAAAAAACUACUACGAUUGUAGAUAUUUGUCUGCAUGUGAAGCUUCGUGGCGUAUAUUCAAAUUUGACAUUCAUUUCAGGACUCCUUCUGUUGUGAGGCUUCCUUUUCAUCUUCCUGUACAACAAAAUGUUGUAUACGAUGCUGACGAUGAUAUUGAAGAUGUCCUCAAUAAACAGUCUGUUUCUUCUUCGAUGUUCUUAGCUUGGAUGGAGUGUAAUGAACAUAAUAAGGAAGCACAAAAACUUUCUUAUGUUGAAUUUCCUACCAAGUUUGUUUGGAAAUUGAAGGAUCUUUGUUGGAAGCCAAGAGAAAAAGAAUUUUCUAUCGGUCGAAUUCACACUGUCUCUCCUAAUGUUGGGGAAGCAUAUUUUUUGAGAAUCCUUUUAAAUAAAGUCAAAGGUUUAUCGCUUGAUGAGGAUCAAGUUAAGAACUUGACACUUUAUGAGAUUGAAAUUUUUUUAUUCCACAACAAUUCAAGCCUCAAAGAUUUUGAUGGAAUGCCUUACCCUGAUCAUGAGUCUAUAUCUUCUUCAAAUAAUCGAUUGAUUACUGAGGAGCUAGAUUUUGACAGGACGAAUCUAUUGCAAGAGUUUUAUCAGCUUCUUGAGGUAAAGAAGGUAGAGUCGCCGUCGCCGUACUUUGUACCGGAUAUCUAG